AACAAAUCACAACAUAUAACAAUUUCACCAUGGCCUCCUCCUCUAUAGCUUGUGUGCAAUUCUCAGCCAAGAAAUCCCCUGUAAUUCCAUCAAAUUUUCUUGGUACAAAUGUUUCAUCUUGUUCUACCACAACUCAGAAAAACAAAAAACAGAGAUCCUUGAAAGUUGUGGCCGCCAUUGGAGAUGUUUCAUCCGACGGAACCGUUUACUUAAUUGCUGGCGCUGCUGCUGUCGCAUUGCUUGGAACUGCUUUCCCUAUACUCUUUUCCCGCAAAGACCUGUGUCCAGAAUGUGAUGGAGCAGGAUUUGUGAGGAAAGGAGGGGCAGCUUUGAAAGCAAAUGCAGCUAGAAAAGAUCAAGUUCAGAUUGUUUGUGCAAAUUGCAAUGGUCUUGGCAAGCUCAACCAAGUAGACAACUCCUUCGUGCCCGAUGUCGAAGACCCGGAGAAUACGGUUCAAGAGAUCAAGCGAAAGGGUGGGGAUAUGAGAUACUGCCAGAAGUGUUCCCUUUAUAAGCCUCCACGUGCCCAUCAUUGUCGUGUAUGUAAUAGAUGUGUACUGCGAAUGGAUCAUCAUUGUGUGUGGAUGAAUAAUUGUGUGGGCCAUGCAAACUACAAGAUCUUCUUCAUCUUCGUUUUAUACGCUGUUAUUGCUUGCAUAUAUUCCCUGGUUCUGCUUGUUGGUAGCUUAACUAUUGAUUCUCCAAAGGACAACCAGCAAAUUGAAGGUUCUUACAGAACAGUAUAUAUUCUUUCAGGGCUUCUACUGGUGCCACUAAGUUUGGCACUAGGGGUUUUUCUGGGUUGGCAUGUGCACCUGAUUUUGCAAAACAAGACAACCAUUGAGUACCAAGAAGGUGUCAGAGCUAUGUGGCUGGCUGAAAAGGGAGGUCAUGUACAUUCACAUCCAUAUGAUCUUGGUGCAUAUGAGAAUUUGAUAUCAGUUCUAGGCCCAAAUGUAUGUUGCUGGGCGUGCCCCACAACAAGACAUAUAGGUUCUGGCCUUCGCUAUCGGACACCAUUUGAGGGCUCCUCGACAUCAAGAUCAUGAACAUGUUACUGAAACAUCCAAGAUGUCAAUGUUUUAGUUGCCAAAGAAGCAGAGGAAGCCUGGUUCUGCCUUUGGAGUAGCAAGAUUAACAGUGUCGUCUGCUCGUCAUCAGCCAAGAUUAACAACAUGGAGGUGAUUUUUUUGUUUUCUGUCAUUUCAGAGAUCUCCAGUCCUCCAUAUGCUGAGACACUAUCAAAAAGGUAACGAGAGUUAUCGAGGAGGCUGUCAAUAGGAGAGUUGAUAGUUCCCAUUGUUCAUAGUUGGGAUUAUAAAGCUAGCAUACACCAUGUAAAAUAGAAAAGAACUUGCAUGUAGCUCAAACAGCUGCAAUUAUGUGCCAA